GCUCGUCGGUUCAAAAUAGGUGCCAUGGGGAAAGAUUAUUACAAAACUCUCGGUAUUCCAAGAGGGUCGACGGAUGAAGACAUCAAAAAAGCUUACCGAAAAUUAGCGCUAAAAUAUCACCCAGACAAAAACAAAUCACCUGGGGCAGAGGAAAAGUUUAAAGAAGUUGCUGAAGCAUACGAAGUGUUGUCCGAUAAGAAGAAACGUGAAAUGUAUGAUAAAUUUGGUGAAGAUGGAUUAAAAGGACGAGCUUCCAAUGGCACAUCAAACUCUUCGCAAAACUUUACUUAUGAAUUCCAUGGAGAUCCUAGAGCCACGUUUGCACAGUUUUUUGGAUCGAACAACCCGUUUGGAUCAUUUUUCGAUAUGCACAACGAUAGCUUAUUCAAUAGCAGUAUUUUCAACGAUGACGAUUUCUUCACGCCGUUCAGUGGUUUGGGAAACCGGCACGGUCUAGGAGGUGCCUUUAGGUCACACUCCUUCAACGUUCACUCACCUCUCAAAAAGGAGAAAGUACAGGAUCCACCAAUCGAGCACGAUCUGUACGUUACGUUAGAAGAGAUUUAUCAUGGCUGUGUGAAGAAGAUGAAAAUUUCACGUCGCGUCCUUCAACCGGACGGUACUUCGAAAAAGGAGGACAAAUGCGUGAGCAUAUCCAUUAAGCCUGGGUGGAAGUCAGGUACAAAGGUCACCUUUCAGAAGGAGGGCGAUCAAACGAAAGGCAAAAUACCUGCUGACAUUGUUUUCAUCAUACGCGACAAACCUCACGUCUGGUUCCGGCGCGAAGGAAGUGAUCUGCGGUACACCGCUCGUUUGACGCUGAAACAGGCUCUCUGUGGAGUAAUAUUUGAAGUGCCCACUAUGACAGGAGAAAAGCUACGAAUUAGUACAAAGCAGGAAAUCAUCAAACCUAACACGGUUAAGCGUAUACAAGGUUAUGGACUACCAUUUCCGAAGGAACCAUCGCGGAAGGGGGAUCUGCUCGUAGCAUUCGAUAUUAAAUUCCCCGAUAAGCUUAGUACUUCGGAAAAAGAAAUGCUUAACGAUAUGCUUCCCAACUCGUAGUGCUAACACCGUUCCAACACGUUUGAUUCAUUUGAUUUGCCUUCUCUCACACAUGUAGACUAAAUACAUCAUCAAGAAUGUGAUGUAUGUACUAGAGCAUGUGUAUCAUACCAUCGACACAACAGACCAUGCGAAACAUUUGUAUAUAGUGCCAUUCUAAUGCAAGCUACUACUACUAUUCGAAUCGUACAUGUGUACGAAAAUAAACAAAAUUUGACUGGAAUGCGAACAAGUACUAGCAAUGAUUGUUAUGGGAGAAAUAAUAGCUUUUGCAUGCGGUUGCUCAUUUGGUGAGUUACAAGCUUAUGAAGUGGGACAGAGUUUUUCACUAAAUUUGAAAUAUUGUACAGAAAUUCGAGACAAAAAGUAGAAUUCAACAAAUCAACAAACAACCAUAGUGGAGAUAGUACAGCUUCUGUGCAUCGGCUAGAAUUGUGUUGAAUGAAAGUGUCUCAAUGAUAGUUAAAGAAUCAUGUUGAUACUUUAAAAUACCAUUGGGUACCUGAGAAAAACGUGAAUGUGAAGACGAAAACUUCGUUUGCAACAAGUACUGUAACAAUUGCUGUAAGCUCUGAGUUAUAUAGAAAAAACACACUAAUUUAUGACAAUGAACUCGCGCUAUCAGAAUAAAACAAUAAAUAAAUGAUUCAAUCUUUGUUAGCAGUCUA